UAAAUAAAAAACAGUUGAAAAUUCGUAACUGACUCAAACCUUGAGACUGAUGACAUCGCAAACACCUUCUUCUCUUCGAAUCAAAACCUGAAAAUUUUGUUUUCCAAAAAGGGCUAAAAAAGCGCUAAUUUUUCGAUUUAAUUUUAAUUAUUUUCUUUGCUUUGAUUUUCAAAAUAAAAAAUGGCAACAGAAGCAGCGACAACAACAAUUUCUCAGCUUUCUUGUUUCUCUUCAAUCAACCGGAAAUCACAGCUCUAUCAUCGACCAAUUUGUCGUCCGAUUACUCGCACCAAGUCAGUUGUUGUUAUGAGUGUUGAUGGGCAAGGUACUAAAGCUACUAGUUCUGAACUUAAAACUACACCAAGUUAUGUGGCCGGGGAAUCAGAACCAUUUGUAGAAGAGGCGACUGAGUCAUAUCUAAAUGCAGAAGGGCGUGUUCUUAAUAAUACAAGUGAGCUGGUUGAGGAACAUGAUAUCAUACAACCAAAAAGGGCAGCAAAAGUCCAUGAUUUUUGUUUUGGCAUUCCUUACGGUGGUCUUGUUCUAAGUGGAGGGGUUGUUGGUUUUGUAUUUUCGAGAAAUCCUACUACCUUACUCUUUGGAGGCGCUCUGCUUGCUCUUAGCAUCUACAGCUUGAAGAUCUGGAGGCAAGGAAAAUCAAGUUUACCAUUCAUACUUGGACAAGCAGCACUAGCAGCAGUCCUUUUCUGGAAGAACUUUCAGACUUACUUAUUGACAAAGAAGCUAUUGCCUAAUGCAUUUUAUGCUGCCAUAAGUGCUGCAAUGUUGUUCUUCUAUUCAUAUGUGGUGAUCUCUGGAGGGAACCCACCCCCAAAGAAAUUGAUGCCGUCUGGCACUCACCAAUCAUGAUGAGACUGCUUAAAGGUUGUCUUACAUGAAUGUUGGGGUCCCUUUGUAUAAUGUUGUAUUUUGAGUUGAACUGAGAUUACAGGUAAAUGAGCAUUGUUUGUUUAUCAAUGCAAACUGCUGGUUAACUACAAGUCGGGAAUCCAACCAAAAGGAAAAAGCUACAAGUUGAGAAUGCAUAUUAGUUGGGGAUACUUUUUUUUUUAAAGAAUUUGGAGACAGCAUAUUGUUUUCUAUGGUUUGUGGGAAGUAGCAUUGAUGAGAAUUUACUGUGAUUAAUGGAAAUAUUUUGUUAUAGCAUGAUGCGUACGAGUGACUAAAUGAGUGUUUCUAAGCAGAUGGAUAUGUGGCAUAGUCACAUUCUUUAUUAGCAUAGUGGCAUUUGAAUUGUGCAGCAAAACUCCUGAACCAGAUUGCAAGGGAAAGCAGGAACACAAAUAUUGGUGAACCAAAAUUUGAUAUGCAUCACUUUUGUUUUGUUCAAUGAGGUCACUGAAAUUCUCUAAGCUUCUUCACUGAGCAACCUUUUUCUAGUCAGGCUAGGGAUUAGAUGUUCCUGCCUGAUUAUUGUCAGAAUUUUUUUUUUCUUCUGAUGAACGAGGACAGAGGUGAUUGUGAUUGUGUUCUAAUACCAAAAUUGAUGCUUGCUGAUUUGAUUUAG